GCGCCCUCUGUCAACAAAUGGAAACACAAUGAGCAUAAAUUUGUGUGCAUAUUUCACAAAGAAGAGGGUAAAAGCCAUGCCUCAGAGGACAUAGCAUUGCAAGGUGGACGAGAGUGAAAUCAGCGGCGAUGUCGGAUGCCAAUUUAAUGGCGGAAUCUUACGCAGAGGAUACGAUGCAGAAUAUCGCCACCGACGAGGACAACAAACCGUGCUGUAAAUUCUGCGGGAAGAAAUUCGCCCAGUCCAGCUACAUCAAGGCCCACAUGAGACUCCACACGGGGGAAAAACCGUUCGCCUGCUCCUUCUGUCCGAAGCGAUUCAGUGACUGUAGUAACUGGAAAAAACACGAAAGGAUUCACAUUAGACAACUGGGCCUGAAUCCAGACAAGCCCUCCACUCCUAACAAGACCCAGGUCCCCGUAGUGCAGAACUACUCCACUACAAAGUCCAAAUCCGAGCACGGCAACUCGAACUUUCAGUGUAAGAUCUGCAACAAGACGUUCUCUAACGCCAGUAGCCUGACCACGCAUCGCCGGAUCCAUAGCGGGGAGCGGCCGUACAGGUGCGAGACGUGCGGGAAGUCGUUCACGCAGAUAGGGACCCUACGGACACACGAAAGAGUGCACACAGGAGAGAGACCUUACAUGUGUAAGCUAUGUGGCCAGACCUUCGCCCAGAACGGCAGUUUUCGCAUGCACGAGCGGCGUCACAUGAUGGAGAUGCUCCACAAAUGUCCGAUCUGCCCCGUCAAAUUCACCCAAUGGGAGGACGCCAAGGCGCACCUAGCUACGCACCCCGAGAUCGCCAGCGUCACUGAAUUCAUGAAGCACCUGCCGUCUGUUGCCACGGCGGGGGAAACCGACGACGAGAACAUGCCGCCCAUCGAGAGCUUUGCCCCGCACGUGGAGCAGCUCCACCUGGACCAGUUUCCACCCCCAGGUUUUCCUUUUCCAUCCCAGUUAUCCCCCUUUUUGAAUCUUUCUUCUCUACAUUUUGGUGCUGCUUUGGGGGAUAUACCCACGCCAGUUGGACUCUUCACAACGCAAGGACAGCUGAUUAAGGGUGAGGGUCUAGGCCUACACAACUCCCGCUCUGCCCUCCAGGAUGACCUUUACAGACAGUCUGCUGAGGUCACGACCUCUGUAGCCAACGGGGUCAUACCCUCUCCUAAUGAUAACGGGGAUACUGCUGUGAGUACGACCACGGCCCGCGACAGGAAGUACAGUUCCGACUCCCACACCUCACGAUCUGUGUCCACCCCCGACGGAGGACUCGAAAAUGGCACAAACAGAACUGAUGCUGACAAAGCCAACAUGGAGACAGAUUUCGUCCAUCCCGACCCGGAAACAAGUGCCAAGCCGAACUCCGAGGACUCCAGCAUGGCCAGCGAUCACUCGGACAAUAAUAACGGAGAGGAGGCCCAGGGUAUCAAAUGUACGAACCUCCACAGUCGGCUGUCAGGGAACUCCCGCAAACAGAAGUGUCCCAUGAGGCGAUACAGUGGAUCAGCUGCCUCCUCUAUGGUGGACCCGGACACCUCGACCCACGUGACCCAGAGUCUCCUGAACGAGUCGGACAGCAUCUACUCCGGGGACCAGAGCAUCGAGGAGUUCCAGGAUAUAAAUAGCAUCACCGGCAAACUGUACCGGUGUGAACACUGCCACAUUCUCUUCGAGGACUGCACGCUUUAUCUUCUACACAACGGAUUUCACUCCCACGACGCGGAUCCGUUCAAGUGUGUUAUAUGUCGGCUGUCCUGCCGUGAUCGGAUCGAAUUUAAUUGUCAUCUGAUCAGCCACAUUAAAUAGACACUGAAAAACGUUCAGGUUCGAUUUCAAGGGGUUUAUGUUUUUGGUGAUAUGAUAGAGGUAUACCAGAUAUUUUUUUUGCCUUUGUUGCAAAUGAAAGUGUUUUUUCGUGGUCAAUGUACAAUGAAGAAACUAGAAAAAAUUUUUAGUUUUUCUUUUGUCAUCUUAAGAAAAAAAUUUUGUUAUCAAUUAGCAGUACUAGUUUCUAUACAGUGUAAUGUACUGUUGACUUUGUAUGUUUGAUGGCAUGGUUGUUUAAAGUAAUGUCCAAAAAAUAACUUUACAACUUGGUUGUAGCAAUGUCCAAAAAAUUUAAGGGACACAAAAAUUGAUACAAAGUAUUUUUUUUAUGCCAAAUGAUAAUUUCACAUUGGUCAGUAUAUACACAUGUAAGUGAAAAUAAAAAAUCUCAGUUUACUUUUUUGGCCUGGGAUUUUUUCUAUACACAAGGAAUGAUCUGAAACAAAACGUUUAUGGCAAGUUGAAGAUACACAAACUUUGCCUACUUUGUGAUUUUUUGAAUCUUCCACAUUAUUUUUUUGUUUUGUUGAACUAAAGAUCUGUAUUAUUUUAGAUAGUAGUUUUACAUUUUAGUUGUUUUUUUGCAAUAUUCACUUAGUUUAGAUCUGUUUCAUUCAUUUAAUGUACUGGGUGUUUUACAUGUAUAUGUUUUGCUUCUAGUUAUUUAUUAUUCCCAUGGCACAUAUUAUUUGUUUGUUUGUUUUUUUCUUUAUUUUUUUCUC